ACGAGUUCAUAAAGGAGAAAUGCCAUUUUCAUGUGAUAUUUGUGAUAAGAAGUUUUAUCAAAAACGUUCAUUAGUUCGACACAAACAAAUUCAUACCGGAAAAAGACCUUUUUCAUGCGAUGUUUGUAAGAAAACAUAUUCUGAGCGAAGGUAUUUGGUUGAACACGAACGAGUUCAUACUGGAGAAAGGCCGUUAUCAUGUGAGUUUUGUAAUAAAAAGUUUAAUCGACAAGGUACACUAUCAGCACACAAACAAACUCAUACUGGACAGAAACCAUAUUCAUGCGAUGAUUGUGACAAAACAUUUACCAAACGAAGAAAAUUGUUCGAACAUAAACAAGUUCAUAUUGCGAAAAUACGGUCAUGUAAUAUUUGUGAUAAAAAAUUUAAUCGGCGGUACAAAUUAGUACAACACAACAAAACUCACACUGAAGAGAGAUCUUAUUCAUGCGAAGUUUGCGGAAAAACUUUUAAACGGCAACAUAGUUUAUAUGGACAUAAAUUAAUACAUAGUGCUGUCACAAAGUCUUUUCCAUGUGAAGUUUGUGACAAAAAAUUUACACUUCGAAGAUAUUUGCUUAGACACAAAAAAGAAAUACAUACUGGAAAAAUGAUGUUUUCAUGUGAUUUGUGUCGUGAAACAUAUGAUCGUAAAAAAGAAUUGAUACGACAUAAACGAAUAGCGAAACAUUUUGCAUGCAAAGUUUGUAAUAAAACAUUUAACAUGAACCAUUAUUUACUUCAACAUAAACGUUUGCAUAAUAAAGAAGCACAGUUUUCAUGUGAUGUUUGUGAUAAAACAUUUUCUCAGCGAAAUGGUUUAGCGGAACACAAACGUACGCAUACCGGGGAAAAACCGUUUGCGUGUGAUAUUUGCAAUAAAACAUUUAGUCGACAAAGCACAUUUGCAAAACAUAAACAAAUUCAUGCUGGAUAUAAACCUUUUUUAUGUGAUGCUUGUGAUAAAACAUUUAUAGAUCUACGUCAAUUAGUUCAACAUAAACGCGUGCACACGGGAGAGAAACCUUAUUCAUGUGACAUUUGUAAGAAAUCGUUUAGUCAUCUAUCUACUUUAGUCACACAUAAACGGACGCAUACAGGAGAAAAACUUUUUUUAUGUGAUAUUUGUGGAGAACAAUUUAUUCGGCCAAGCUUUUUAAUUCGACAUAAACAAAUCCAUUUAGUAUAA